UUCAUUUGAGGUUAUGAAAAUUUAAAAAUUGUAAAAUUGACCCAAAACAUCCUUCAAAUCAGUAGUUUUAUUUCUAAUUUUAAAACCACUUAAAGACCAAUGGAUUUUCGUAGUUGCAAUCAGAAAGCGAUUUGUUAAUUGAUGGACAUUUUUAAUUAAGCGUACAUUUGUUGAAUUGAAUUUUUAAUUAACACUCCAAGUGUUUGGUUUUUUAUACUUAUAGGUUUAUGCCAAGAUGGGUGGGUCAUCCAGCACACCUCGAAAACUUGAAAUCGAAAAUCCAAAUGUGAUUACUUUAUCGGACAAAGUAGUGGAAAGACUUCGUGGUCAAGAGCAGCCAGGACCAGCUGAUCAUGGGUCAUUUAUUGUACCAACAUAUGUGCAGCCAUCAUCAUUGCAAGUUCAAAAGAUAGUUCAGCAAGAAUUGGAAGAAAAUGACAAGAGGUGGGAGCAGCGUUUUAGUCAUAUUAAUGAUAGUCAAAUUAUUCAGAAUCGUAAAGUAGAAUAUGAAUAUAAACGUACAUAUGAAUCUGUUAAGAAGUUGUUACCUGCAAUUGGAGAAGGAGUACUAAGUAAAACAGUACUUGAAAAAGAAAAUAAUGUAUUGGAUUGUUUAGCUAAAAAUAAAGGAGUUCCAUUAAAUUGCACAGACACUAUCAAAGAUUAUCAAAAAGUGUUAUUUCAGUCUGCCAGUCAAUCACUUUGAUCAUACUUAGAUCAUUAGAAACAUAUAGGGAAUCAAUAAUGAUAUGAGAAUUAUUGCUUAUAUGUAAAAUAUAUGAUUUAUGUCUUAAAACCAUGGUAAGUAGUUCUGUUUUAUAAAAAUAAAUGGCUACUUUGUUGUUGAA